UUGUAUCCCGUUAUUAUUAUUUGUACUUCUGUCAUGUUUUACAGAUUUUGUUGGAUCAUUGUGCAUUGAAUUUAGUUAUAAUUUUGUUGAGCAAUUGCAAUUUAUGUUAUAUGUUUUCAUAUGAGGUAUUUUUUAGAAAUUUUACGAGGUAUUUUUGGGGUUGUUAUAAGGUCCAAAGUUUUUCUAUGUUGUCGGAAAAAAAUUGGCUUCAUUCCUGGCUCUGCUACUGCUGACCUCUGCGAGGAGGAUCUAGCAUGGUGGAGGAGAGCGUGGGGAGGGGAGGACAACCACGGGACUGCUCGCCGGUGACAAGGAGGGAAGCCAUGGACUCCUCGAUGCUGACGGGGUAGUGAAUUGAGCAAUAAUGCUUACAGUUUCUUGUGUCGGGCAUCUAAAUCGAGAGAUGGUGCUCGCAGUUUCUCAUGCUGGGCUUCUGAUUCAGAGCUCACGGAGGAGAGAUGAGGCGGUCAGAGUUCUUCAUCCUCGACUCCGACGACUUGUGGCUGAGUGAGUCGGUGUGGAAAAGGUAGAGGAGGUGGCAAGAAGGUAGGGGCUGCUGUGAGGGCGAGCACGGCUGCCAUCGGCAACCGGGAGGCUUAAGAGGGAUGUGGUGUGGCCGCUUGGAGGGUGAGUGCGCUUAUAAAGGUUUGGGUGGUGAGUGCGGCCGCCGGCAGUGAAGUCCACUGACUUGCUAUUGUUUGGCGUGGGAUCACUAACCUAUGUGCCAGAUUACCUAUGGGCCCACAUGUCAGCCACCCACGUCAGGGAAGCAAUAUUGCAGAGAAGCCUCGUCCACGGUGAAGGGAGGAGGAGGUUCAUUACGGGUUGGGUUGUUCACGCAAUCGAAGAAAGACAUGACUAGUGGGUCUCACAUGUAUGUGAGAGAAACAAAGAAAGAGGAUGACAGGCUAGAUGUUUUGGGGGCAAAAGGUUGACCAGUGGGUCUCACACGUCAAAGUCCUUUCACAUGUCAUUUAACACUGUUAUGCGGAAUUUUUUGAUGGAAGUGUUAGAUUUGUAAUGAAACUAGUAGCUGCCCGUGCGUUGCUACGGAAAUAAAUUAUACUCCUUUCGUCCCAUAUUAAGUGCACUCAAACUAUGUUUGGUUUCAAAGUGCACACACACGCUGAUUUAAAUUGUGUCGUGUUAUUUCCCGCCGAACAUGCUAAGUCGCCGCACGUGUUAUUCUUUCUUCCUACCUCAUCAUCUCGGCCCAUCACCCAACUUUGCUCCACUUCACUUCUCUCCGCCAUAGCAGACAGUUUUUCAUCACAUUCAAAACAUCCUAUUUCUGAUAGCUACUGCAUCUGUAAACAAAUAUAAGACGUUUUAGAGACUUGACGGAGGGAGUAGUUUCUAUCAAAUAGGAUAACAACUGAUAAUAUCCUAGUGCCAAGAAUCACAAGAAAUAAGGAAAAUCUAACAACUGAUACAAGGAACGACAUCUUUUUUAUAUUCAUUAGUCUACCAAUAUUCCAAUUGCCAACACAGUUUGUAGUUCUUGCAACACAUAUCAUGUUUUGUCAGUAUAUGGAUAGGCAACAGGACUCCCCCCUUCCCUUUUGCAGUUCAAAACAUGUGGUUGGCUCUGUAGUGGUCUUGGCCUCUUGGACAAACUGAUUAACCUUCGAAACAGAAAAUGAUAAUUUGAUGGUCAAUUUCUUUCUAGUAGAAACAGGAGGGCAUUACCUUAGCGUGUUUUAUGCAGGAACAUUACCUUGGUUUACACAAGCAAGUGGAUUAUGACCCGAGCCUCAAGUUCAUACACCAAAAUUAGCAAUCACUUAUUUAUCCUCUGUUUAAAUUAAAAUUUUCUAAAAUGUAUCAUCACAAGAGGUUAACUGGCAUAGCAGUGACGUUAAGACAUUCAAGCAAACAUAUAAAGAUCUAAUGAUCAGUAAGAGAAGUACAAAAUCAUUGCAUAGGUCACGAAGAGCAUGUUGAGAACAUAUCACAUCAUAGAGUGAGCCAGUACAAGAUGCCCAAUCUUUCUCUAAAUAAAGGAAGCUAGAGCUCUGUAUCUUUUCAAGCUAAUAACAUACCUUUGACUGCCUAGAUAAGAGAUACUUAGUUUAAGUUUUCUUAAUAUAAUCAAGAAGUGAAGAUACUGGAGUGCUGCAUCUGCGAUUCUCUAUCCCUAUGAAACUGCUACACCGCAAGAUGAUCAGACUGCAGACAAAAUUCUGGCGUGCAGAGAGUUCAACUAUCGGGCAUUGCAUGAUAAUAUGGGUCUGAACCUGAGGGCAGUCAGACAUGCAUCUGCAGAUUGCAUAUAUGCACAAUCUGAUGUCAACAAAAGCAAUGAACAUAGAGCAACAUACUCCCUCCGUUCCUAAAUAUUUGUCUUUCUAGACAUUUCAAAUGGAAUACAACAUACGGAUGUAUGUAGACAUAUUUUAGAGUGUAGAUUCACUCAUUUUGCUUCGUAUGUAGUCACUUGUUGAAAUCCCUAGAAAGACAAAUAUUUAGGAACAGAGGGAGUAAUAUAUAACUGACAUAGAAGUAACACUUUAUCAGUAAUGGAGGAAUGCAGUAUUAACCAGACAACACUUUAGCCACAACAUCUUGCAAUACUAAUCUGCUACCUAUAUAUGUCGUCGGCGAAAAUAAUACAAGAGGCAUACGGCACAACUGCAUUAUGGCACAUAAUGCAUGAGGUAAACACUAAUUACUCUCUCUGUAGGCCAUAGGCCGUAGGCCAUAGGUCAACAAUCAUGAAUGGCGAUAGAGCUGCAGUUCUUGGGUGCUUGCAAUAAAAUUAUAUCAGAUAUUGGCAGCAUGGACACACGAUAGAUAGAACUUCCCGAAGUGCAUUACUUGUGUUAGAAAUUUGAACACAGACCACCCAAAUACUGGCAGUAAAGUAGCAGCUCUAAACUAUUGGAAACGCUACUUCACAAAAGUUUGGAGCUCACCAUGUCAAGCAUACAAGCUUCCUCUGAACGUAUUGUCCAAAUUUGCAGUUCUAUAUUCAGAACUCUAUCUACAUGCAACUUAUUGUGUUUCCCUGACUCUAGCCCAUGUAGCAAUGAGCUGUACUUCUCUACUGGAGCACAGAACAACGAUAACCAAUAGUUGCAGAAGAGAACUUAAUGAUCUAUUGUGAUCCCAAUUCUGAUCAUAGGCAAGACAAAUUAUACAAUGUAGAGAUUCCAUGCCGAUGUCCAACAUGUAACCGUAGAUGAGUUUCCGCUUGUCGACUUCAUUGCAAUAAGAAAGAAGGUGAACAAGGUUGGCAUGCCAGAGCCUGGCCAUCACCUCUACUUCUUUCGCGUAAUCAGUUUUGCAUUUCCUUGUUAGAGCAGACUGCCUAAGCCUUUUCAAGUAACCGUUCUUACUGAUUAUACAAUUAUAAAGCUAUUGAUUGGCCUAUCUAUCUCUAAAAAGAGGUGCUUAAACUACUGCAGACCGAAGUUGAUCAAAUAAGCAAAUUACAUAUGCAAUCUUGGGGAUGAAAUAUAUAUGUGCAUACCUCCCGGCAAGAAUCGCCACAAUGAAGCGUGGAGGCAGAGCGCGGCAGCAGCUGCGUGUCAAUCGUCACCAAGGAAGCAGCACUGAUACUCGGCUUCACGGAAAGACGUUGUGCCGAUGUGAUUGUGCAUAUCCCUGGAACCUGAGAGCUUGCACUACUCGUCUGAAUAACAUUGGAUACUCCUAGUCUGCAUUGGACGAUGCCGCUGUCCGUGAGCACGCGAACGACGCAGCUGGCACGAGGCUGAUGUUGGCCGGGCUCCUGUUGGCGUACACGCUGGCACCAACAGCAUUCAGCACGCCACACCAGCGGACAGCGCCAUGGAGCGCCCGCAGCCCGACUUCCUUGGCAACGGCGGCCUGGACCUCCUGCCGGGUGACCGGCACCUGCAGCGAAGGCCUAAUGGUGAAACGGUUGCGCUCAAUCGUGCGCGUGCGUCGAUUGUGCCAGGAGUUGGGCUCGUCCCCUUUUCUGGGCUGUAGUGUUUCCAAAAGGAAAUCCAUACAAGGAGGGGUGGCAGGACGGGAGAGCAGAGGGACACUUGGAUGUGGCAGCAAGCAACCACCGCCAUGGCUCCAUGUCCGGCGGCCUGCGCGGUGAGAUCUAGAAGCAGAGAUACGGGGGAAAGCUUGAAGCCAAAAUCCAAUUUACUGAGACCCUAACUACAACUACGUAUAGAAGAGGAGGAUCCCUCUCGCAACUCAACUCCGGCAGUCGCCGUGGAUGAGAUGGGAAGGGCCGACGACGAGGAAUUUGGGAGUGGUUCUUGAAGGCUCGUUUGUUUCGCGAGAGAAGCAGAAAUUUCCAAAGUAUCGGCUUUGUGUUUUGGGUGUCUUCUCCAAAUUUUGUCCGAUGCGUGGGGUGUUUCUGCAAAAUGUGCUCGGGGACUACCCGCCUCAGUUUCAGCCUUACAUUCCAGAUUGGACGGUCAAUAUGGCAUAGAGGCAGACACACCAUCAUCAUAAACUGUCAUUUUUAUAGGAGUAGAGAUUUAGAUCGGCCGUGGAAUAAGGAAGAAAAAGUUUUUAGUGUCAAAUAAGGAAUUAAAUAUUUUGCUUGUGUCAAAUAAGGAAUUGUGUCACGAAACAAACCACACCCCUCUCUCCCCCAUGCCUUCCUGCUUCAUCUAGGUCUUGGUGCUCCGCCGGGAUAGCCACUCGCCGCUGCAAUGUGCUCCUCCUUUCUCUACCAUUGAAGAGGGCAACGUAUUGGCCCACCCAAGCGGCACGCCCCUCCGUCCCCAGAUCCGCCCAAGUGAGGCGGUUGCUGGAAUGGCCAGCCAUCGCCGCAGGGUGCAAUUCCUUACCCAGAUCCAUGCCGUUGAGAAGGGUGACGGACUUGCCCACCCGCAUGGCAUGUGUGUUCGUCCCUAGAUCCAGGCCGGUGAGGAGGUUGGUGGCGUCGGAAUGGCCAGCCACCGCUACAGCACACACCUCCUUUCUGAGAUCCACCCCAUUGAGGAGGGCAACGGAUUGGCCCACCCACGCGGCACGCCCCUCCAUCCUCAGAUCCACCCAAGUGAGGAGGUUGCUGGAAUGCCCAGCCACCGCCGCAGUGCACUCCUCCUUUCCCAGAUCCACACCAUCGAGGAGUGUGACGAACUUGCCCACCCAUGUGGCAUGUGCGUCCGUCCCCAGAUCCAGGCUGGUGAGGAGGAUAUUGGAACAACUCGUCGCAGACGUCAACGCCACCGCGGCACCUCGUCGGAGGCACCCUCCUCCCUGCCGGACAACGACGAUAUACUCAGGGAGAUCUUUCUCCGCCUCCCCUCGGACCUGUACUCAUUCCCCCGAGCGUCUGCCAUCUGCAAGCGUUGGCGAGGCCUCCUCAUCGACCCCAAGUUCCUCUGCCAGUUCUACACACACCACUGCAAGCCGCCCCUCCUCGGCAUCUUCGAGAACUGCAGCAAGGAAGGUAUGGUGUUCACCCCCAUUCCGGCUCUAGUUGCCGACUACAUCCCUCCGGAGCGCUUCUCCCUUGGACGCCCCCGACUUACCUAUGUGCUCGACUGCCGCCACGGUCGCGUACUUAUCGAAGAUCUAGAGCAGAAAUACCUCAUUGUGUGCGACCCCAUCACAAGUGAGAAGUGUCGCGUGGCUCUUCCAUGCAAGUUCAAGUGGAGCUUUGUCGGAGCGGUGCUCUGCACAGCCGGCUACAAGGGGCCCUCCAGCCCCUUCAAGGUGGUAUUGGUGUCCUGGGAUGGCGUGGAUAAUCAACUCCUCGCCUACGUUUACUCCUCGAUGACCGACACAUGGGGCAAUCUCAUAUCAGUUGAGGCUCCAGAUAAUACUUAUUUUCAUGGUUGUCGUAGCACCCUUGUUGGCAAUGUCCUUUACUGGCCAGUUAUGAAUGGGAGAGGUACAAUACUUGAGUUUGAUUUGGACAGCCAGAACCUUACCAUGAUCAAGGGGCCUCCUGGUAUGAAUGAUACUGGCAACUUUCAGAUCAUCCAGGCAGAGGAUGGCGCCGUUGGUCUUGCCAUGUUGUCCUGUCAUAACCUUCAAAUUUGGCAGAGGAAGGUCAAUUGUCAAGGUGUUUGCAUAUGGUUGUUGCAGAAAACGGUUUCAUUGCACAAGCUUCUUAAGAUCCCUCCUCGGGGCAAUAAAAGGAUCAAAUGGCCGGACAAAUUUCUGGGCUAUGAAGAGGAUAACGAUGUAAUCUUUUUAUAUAGAUACGAAAGUGUCUAUAUGGUUCAACUCAAGUCAAUGCAAUUCAGGAAAUUUAAUGGAACCCGUUCCAGGGAGUAUAGGGAGUGUUGUUAUCCUUUCACGGGUUUCUUCCCACCAGGCACAACCAUUACUAGUGGAUGUAAAGAAGCUGAAAUGUUAGGAUGACUGCCUGGUUCGAUAUUUCAAUGUGCUGAAAUGGUUCAACAGGUGAAGAAAGGGCUGCUGCAGUAGUUAGUUGUCACUUUGUCACAUCACAUCAAUGUGGUCAGCGGUGUUUAUAUGUUAUCUGAAUUUUUUUACCAUGGCUUUUAGUCUAGCUAAGCUCCUAAGAAUAGCCAACCCAGGGAGUUUGAGCUUCCCAAGUCAGAUUUCAAGAUGUUUUUACUGCAGGGUUGUGCUUGGCUGCUCUUCUCUUGAGCCAAAAGAGUUUUGUGUAGCGUUGAGAGUUUUUGAGAUGUUGUUUAAAUGACUGAUGCUGAAGGAACUAGAACCCUGAAACUGAGAAUGUCGAUGUUGGCUUCUGCUACUUGCUAAAAUUGUGGUGGUGUUCUUA